GAGAGAGAGAGAGAGAGAGAUGCGUGCAUGUAGAGAAAAAAAACACAAGGAACUUUAAUAUACGUUUGAUCUUUUCUUUUGCCAUUCUAGUCCUUUACACGCACCCACGCGCGCGCGCGCGCGCGCACACACACACACACACACACACACACAGGUGAGAGUGAAUCGGAGAAGUGGGAGUGGUGCGUGUAUUUAACUGGUAGAGCAGCUUUUGCAGCGAUCCAUAUUCACCACACACUCGCAUCACAUCACAUCCACUCUUCACUGCAGCGUGACCCGCGGAGCAGCUCGUAGCGCGGCUGUGUCGGUCCUCCGCAUGGAUAUGAAGAACAUGAGAGAGUAUGUGGGCUGGCUGUACUAUCAGUACCUGCUCAUCACAGGCAUCUAUGUGCUGGAGCCGUGGGAACAGUCCAUCUUCAACACGCUCCUCUUUACUAUGGUGGCCAUGGUCAUUUACACCUCCUAUGUGUUUGUGCCUAUUCACGUGCGGCUGGCGCUGGAGUUCUUCUCUGAGCUGGUCCGAGGGCAACCCGAGAGCACAGUGGCCCUCAUGAACUCACGAUGAACUAUUGAUCUGCUGUGUGAUUAUUGGCUUGAAAACUCUUGUUUAUUUUCUACUCAGGAACAAACAAGCCAGAUGUAAUGAGGUGUUGUCAAAAGCCAUGUUCAAGCCCUUCAAGUCUUCCACGUUUGCCUGGUUUCCUGCACCGUCGUGGGAUUUUGUAUGCAAGGAUUUGGAUGGAUUCCCACGGGAGGUUUUUGUAUGAUAUCACUCAUCACAUGUGGACACUACUUUGCGAUUAACGUCCUCGUCAUCACUGGUUGAUAAUAAGGAAAUCAUGAUACGCCAUGAUCAGACUGAGAUAUUGUUUGCUCCAGAGCAAAUUAAAAGUUGUUUUUUUAUUAUUGCAUACUGAAUUUUUUAUAUUCUGGGAGUUUUGUAAUGUUACUGCUGUCCAUGUUUAUUUCUGAAUACAGAUUGCUGCACGGGGCCCAUUGAUUCUUGUGGUGGUCUGACUGUCUUCCAUCAUUUCUUUAGUCACUGCUGCUGAUAUAGAAUUGCAUGCACACAAAUGUUCGCAUGCAAUCUGUGCCCUGCAGAUCUGGAACAAGCAUCAUUCACAAAUGUAUUGGCACUUGAACAUUUAUUUGUUAAAUACCUGUGGUUAAUGUUGCAGCCACUAAAAGAAUGCUCGUUUGAUCACAUGUUUAAAUCAAUUCCACAGAUUUUGGAUUUCCUUUGGCCUUAUGCAUUAUUCAUUACAAACUUGCCUCAUGGAAUAACACAGUGGCAAGUAGUGUAGAGUGACACUUUUAAUGUGUAUAAUAGUGUAUUUUUCAGGAAUAAAUACAUUUCACAAAAUACCUGUCCCAUUUUCUGUACUCUCUAUAACUUUUAGAAUGUAAAACUUCUGUGGCCUAAAAGGAUAUUUUGAAAGUGAUGUAGGACUUUAAUCUACAAGAGGGCAUUUGUUUAUAUAUAUA